CAGGGGUCCCCAGUCCCCACAAUUCAGAAAUCUGUUGUUUCCUGUGUCUCUCCUGUGAACCGAGUCAAACCCAGAAACUGAGGUAUUGUUGGAGACUCCUUGCAGGUUGGUGGUGGAAGGAAGAGGGAAAGAGAGAGAGAAUGGGAAGGUUGGGGAGAGUGGGUGUGGUCGGGGUGGUGAUAGCAGGGAUAGUAUUGAGUAGAAGGUACGGAUUGGAGUGGGACAAAGACGCAGCUGUUGAGUUGUUCAGACAAUGGUCAGAUCGAUUGGGUUAUUGGGCGAUCCCUCUCUACGUUUCCAUACACACCCUCACCCUUGCCCUCUGCUUGCCCUCCGCCGUCUUCUUCGAAGCUGCUGCUUCUCUUCUCUUUGGGUUCCUCCCCGCCGUGCUCUGCGUCUUUUCCGCUAAGCUUCUUGGUGCUUCUCUAUCUUUCUGGAUUGGAAGUUACUCCAAUAACUGUUGUAACACUGGGAGUUUGUUCAGGCUGAUUUUUAGGAGUUCAAGUACAGCAAUGGAGUGGGCCCAGGGAAACAAAUACUUCCAUCUGCUUUCCAGAGGAGUUGAACGAGAUGGUUGGAGAUUUGUACUUCUUGCUCGUUUCUCACCCAUUCCCUCCUAUGUCAUAAACUAUGCACUUGCUGCUACAAAAGUUGGGUUUAUUCUAGAUUUCCUGCUCCCUUCAGUUAUUGGCUGCCUGCCAAUGAUAUUACAGAACACAUCCAUCGGCAGCCUGGCUGGUGCUGCUGUUGCUACAGCAUCUGGAUCUCAGAAAUCUCAGGUUUGGUCAUAUGUUUUCCCACUUCUUGGGAUUGUAUCAAGCAUACUCAUCUCUUUGAGAAUCAAAAAGUACUCUACUGAUAUAUCAGUGAUUCAAUCCUCUUCCAGUGAGGAUAUUCAUGACUGCAAUAACACUGUUGAGUCCUCUCAAACCUUGUCUAGAAAAGGGAACAAGAACAUGGAGAAAAGUCACUGACAAUCUGAUGUCAUUGUGAAGUUCAUCAUAUCUCAUUUUGUCACACGGUGCACAAACACACAUAGAGAGCAUAGAUGCCUUCUUUCUCAAGUGCCUAGUUGAUAUAAGUUACACCAAUCAGACAUUAUUUCUAUGGGUUUACACUUUUGUGCCUCUGUUUAGUGGAUUAUUAAAAUCAAUCACUUGGACCCAACUAACAUCCUUUUUGUGUACUUCUGUGUAUGUCUAUUUGAUUAAAAGAUUAUGUACUUUUGCCACAUUCCCAUGAGGGGAUUAUGGAGAAAUCUUGCAUGAAUAUUUUAAUUUAUUUCAUUUGUUUAAUCUUUGUUGAAAUGAGAAUAGCUGUCAGGCAGUUGGGAUUUGCUUUAAUAUUCCUAGGCAAGUUUAGGCAUCCAACCAUGAGCUGAUGGUGUCACGGUGACGAAAAUCAAAUAGGGGGAGUAGGGGAAUGGGACAAGCAAUAAUGGGAGGAGUCAACAAGAUAUGGUUUUCAGCAGUGGAAUCUUCUAACAUGUGCGCUGAUGGUAGGAGGGAGCCCAGCCCCACUAUCUCCACUAUCUAUGAUGAUAAAAGGAGGAUGAACUGUUAACUAGUAAAUAAUGGAUAUUGAAAAUAUGCUUAUUACAGUCUGGCAGAUAAUUUAGGCGGAUUUGUGGUUAUAACACUAUCAUUAUUAGAAUGACUUUAUGUAUCAGGAAUUAAUGGUGUUGAACUCAUCUUCCACUCACAAAAUUGAGGUUCUUCUUUGUCCUACUCCCCCACUGACAGGCUCUCUCUCAUGGAGGCUGCAUUCAAUGUGUUCCCACAAUGUUGUGUUGUGCGGCAUUCACAUCGUCAAUCAAUCCACACCUACAGAAGUUUACUAUUUCAAAAUCUGGUAUUGGUUCUGCGAUUCGGCCCCACUGUUUGGGAAACUUUGAAAAACCAGUGGGAGUAAUUGAAUGGAAGGUGGUGGCCACCUACCCACUUCCAGAUGGGUGUUGCAGUUCGAAGAUAUUGAGACUUUUCCAUUAAUGGGGAGAGUCAACUUUGGCGAAAAGGGCUCUUUCUAAGUUAGGGUUUGGCAGCUCUCAGACGUGUGAGACUCAAGAAAUUUUCAACUUUUUCCACCCCUUGGGUCGUGUACACAACCAACUCUGCAAGAGUUGAAUAUUUGAAUAUUGGUUGAGAAAAAUGUGAAGAAAUUUUU